GCAUUACAGAAACACACUCAGAUGGAGAUUACUGACUGCAGCAGCAGACACAUGAGGAAGACACCUGCAGGAUUUACCAACCACAUCUUUCUGCAAUGCUCCAGUUAAACUUUGUCUUUGCCUCUGAACCAGAAAGAGUUUCAUCUGUUUUAAAGCCUUAAAGUGACUUUUAAGGAAGAACUCGACUACUUUCUGUUUUGUGUUGGUGUUUUACCUGCUAGAGGUUAAACCAGCAGCUCUGUGUGCACCAUGUUGUCCACGGUGCGCCGCCACAGCCUCCGCCUGCAGACCGAGCUCCACCGGUGGAGCAUCUGCGACCCGGGCAGCCACAGUCUGCUCACCGAGAGCCUGCUGAACCGGGUACCGGCCUGCAUCUCCCGCUCCAAGUCCUGCACCAGCUCCACCUCCACCGGGGAGUCGGACGGGAGCCGCGGGAGCUGGUCGUCCUCAGACUCGGUCAUCUCCUCUGACUCCACCGGAGAGCAGCAGGUGGAGCCCGGUAGACCGUACCGGGUGGUGCUGUUAGGGGCCAGCGGGGUCGGUAAGACCGCCUUCACCAGCAUCUUCAACGGGGCAGCAGACAGCAUGGACAGCGAGGACUGCGAGAUGUGUGGAGAUGAAGUGUGCGAAAAGGAAAUCGAAGUGGACGGAGAGCCUGCGACUAUAAUUCUGUUUGACACAUGGGAUGCAGAGACUGACAGCGAAUGGGCUCAGGAGAACUACAUGCAGACAGGUGAUGCCUACCUGUUGCUCUACUCUGUAACUGACCGGGCCUCCUUCCUGCGAGCCUCCGAGCUCCGGAUAACCCUGCGGCGCUUCCGUCCUGCCCAGCACACGCCGAUCAUCCUGGUGGGGAACAAAUGUGACCUGGUGCGACGCAGAGAGGUGUCAGUCAACGAGGGUCGAGCCUGUGCUGCCGUGUUUGACUGCAAGUUCAUCGAAACAUCGGCCGCCAUGCAGCACAACGUCUGGGAAGCUUUUCGCGGCAUGGUGCGACAGCUGCGUCUACGUCGAGACUCUAAUGAAGCCAACAAGCGUCGCAGGCACAUACACUCUAAGACUCGGCGUGAAAGCCUUCCUAAGAAGGCAAAACGCUUCCUCGACAAGGUGGUAGCGAAGAACAAUCCCAGUGUGGCGUUCUGGCUGAAAUCAAAGUCCUGCCACGAUCUCUCUGUGCUGUAGGAGCCUGAUUUGUUUUGAACUCUACACCAAACCUUUGAGCAGGUGAACAAGUUACGGCCCGGAGAACAGACUAUGUGGACGCCUGCUUCUGAAGGGCAAAAAGUUGGAUGGUUCGAGGCUCAUUCCUCAGCAUGGUGUACAUGAGAGGUAUUUGCAGCAUUUCUGUACUGCACAUCCAUACGUUGCAGUCUAAACCAGACUGAGUGGACUGAGCUCUGUAAUGGACUGGACAAACGUUGGAGGUUACAGAUCGACUGAUGGAAACUGAGAGAAGGAUGUGAUGUUUCUGUGUUUUGAACAAAAACAUUAAUACUAGUCUUUUCUCUUCUGUCUUUCCUCUCAUCCCUGCCGAAUUUGUCAUCUGUCGAUCUCCUAAGUGCUAAGAUUUUACCAGUUGUAAGCUAUUGACGAUUUGUGUGAUGAUCAUUUAGUUGUUACUUGUUUAUUUGUAACAUGUUGUAUUUUGCACUCACUGUAAAUAAAUAACAGAUUGACGAUGUAUUGUAUUUUGCUACUUGUAUGUUUCACGGUUGCUUAUUGAAAUAAAGUGACGUUCUCCAAUUUGGGACAAAAAAAA